AUGAUCGAGGAACAAGGCAUGGCUCCGCACGUAAAACAACGCGACCACAAGCCCCCCAAAAGGCGUGCGCGUCCUGUCAAUAUCGCCGUGCCGCCUUCGCUUUGGGAACGAGACGCCGAGUCCGACGACGAGUAUACCGCCCAGGUAGAGAGAGCCGCAGGAGGCGUAUGGAAAAGGACUGCCAACUCGGGCGCCAGGGUUCCCGAUGAGACGGUAGAACGUCGUUCAGACAGCGACAGUGACGACCAGGCCCGGAGGAACCGACUCAACCAACCACCCCAGCAACAGCCUUCGAGCCCCGACACGCCCAUUGCAAGACCUCCGAAUAACGUGGCGACACCAAAACCACCCCUUCCGUUAGCAUCACUGCGGCCAGCUCGCCCAGUAGUCCCCAUUCCGAUUUUGAGACCGGUCCCGGCAGCACCACCCGUGUUUGCGUCACAAACUCCCUCCGCUACUCCACGACCUCCAGCCUUCGAGGCUCCCGAGCCUGUCCAGCAGCUACCGCAAGAGACGCCCAUAUCUCGUCCAGAGCUCCCCAUGGACGCCCCUGAGCCUCCUCCCCCUCCCCCUCCCGAUCCUGAGGAACCUCCACCACCACCGCCGCCGCCUGUGCUCGCUCCAGGAGAGCCUGAUCCGCCACCGCCGCCUCCACCACCACCACCACCUCCUCCUCCUCGUCCCCCUUCCCCCCCCCCUUCUCCUCCCCCUCCUCCUCCUCCUGAGCCCGAACCCGAACCUCAACCUCCUGCGCCGCCACCGGCGACCAUGACAGUAACAUCUCCUCCUCGAACGGUAACGCUCAUCUCCACCAUGGCGCCUCCUCGUAAUCCUCCUCCACCAAAGAAGUCAAGCCAUUCAUCGUCGCGGUCGUCAUCGUCAAAGCCUCCGCCAAUCACCACCCCUACUCCGACUCCGACGCCUACUCCGACGUUGCCCCCGGCACCAACCGGACCAACAGGCCCCCCUGGUCUGCCACCUCUGCCACCCGUUGACCCCUCGGCUCCGAGGAAAGGUAUUGAGGGCCACUCGGCACCCACAGUCACGGCCACCUUGGCUUCAGCUGUGCUCCCUGCCGCAACAAUCUCUGCCCUUCCUGGGCAGGCCAGCUCCGACCGUGGUAAGGACGAUGGAAGACCGCCCCGAAUGAACCCAGAGACGGAGCACGCCCUCAUUGCUGUAGGCUCAAUAGGGUCUUUCAUCUUUGCCUCAUUCUUGGUGUGGAUUGUGUGGAGGACGAUGAAGAGGGCAGCGAGAAGGAGAAGGGAAAGAGAGUCUGGCUUCCCAGGCGACCACCCUGGAAUGGGCUCCAAGAUUCCUUUCUUCAAGGGACCCAUGGGCGGAUGGGAGAACCUGGACAGACACCGAAGCGAGUCGAACCAGUACGAAAAGGGACCGAGAGGGACGCUACGGCUGGAUACCGGUUUCUACGGCCCCAACGGCAAACCGUCGAGCUAUGGCCCUGGAAGCGCAUACGCCGCGAACUACACCAUGUCGCCAGCUGACAGCCGGGGCAGCCCUGCCCACACCAGCCCGACAAACACAUUGCCGGUGCGGAUGAACACCAUGAACCGCGGUACAUACAACAGCAAUCAACAAGGUGUCUUUAACAACCAAGUCGGGACAUACAGCAGCCAAACCGGCACUUUUAUCAGCCACGCACCCAGCGGCUCGCUCACGCAUAUCAUCGGACAAUACGAAAAUGCAACAGACCCCGGUAUGACUUUGCGGUCAGGGGUGGGUGCCGGUGCAUACUUUAAUCAGUCAGAGUUGGCUCGCCAGCCAUCAGACGCCUACGACCCGGCUAGGCGGCAAGUCAACCGGGCCAGCGAGCUCUCGUCGAUUUCAUCCGGUUUCGGCGACGGGGACAUCAUCGUGCCAGGGAUGCCCGGGAUGGUGCUGCAGCCCCCUCCGCCUGUUUCGCAGUCGCUGAGAGCUAGCCAAAACGGCGUCGGUCGGUUCUCGUGGGCCAACAAGGCCAACCGCGAGACGGUCUACACAGAAGCCAGCGAGGAUUUACCACCCAGGUUCAGGACAGUCGACAGCUGGGUCAACCAGCAGACGGGCCGGGUCAAGAGGGCACAAGCGCGCCCGGAGACGGAUGAAGACAUCCCACCUGUGCCUGGUCUUCCGGCCGGGACGGGCCAAAACGGGAUGCCGCCUGAACCCCAGUUCACCAUGAUGAUGCCGGACGGGGAGGUGCCUCGCCGGCCGGACAACGCGUCGUAG